GGCGGUAGCUUAGUUUUCUUCUUCGUUUGAGGUAAGAAACAGCGCUUUUGUUUUAUAAGUGAAGAGGAAGUUAGUAAAGCAAGAUUUCAGAAGUUGUGAAAAAGCAAAAAAACGUAUGUCAAAGAACACAUCGGAGGCCCCAAAAGAGACUCAAAAGGGGAGGCAUGGCAAGUCCAUGAUCAUCCUGCAGAUAGACACAAACUCUCCUCUGCUGUUUAUGGACAUGCCUGAGGAUAACUUGGCGACAGGUCACCCGCUGACCGAGGAGCGGCUGGGCAAGGAAGGGGGUGUUGAGAAGAAACACAAAAAGAAAAAACAUAGGAGGCAUGUGAUCGAGGGUGCCGAAGUGAUGCUGGAGACUGCCAAAGUGGAAAUGGCUGAGCAGGAACAGGAGCGAGAACUGGGUGUGGGGCACGAGCAGGGAGAGGAACAGGCAAGGGACAGGAAAAAGAAGAAAAAGGAAAAAAAGCAGCACGAGCAAAAGCCUGAAGACUGUGGUGUGUCCAGUGAAGUGAAAUGGACGAAGGAGAAAAAGAACGCGGGGGAAAUGGGACAGGGGAAGGAGGCAAAUGAGUUGGAAACCUUUGAACAGGACGAACACGUCUCACAGAAAAGGAGGAAGAGGACGAAAACCAGCUGUGACCCAGCAGAGUUGAGAGCCCAGUGUGAAACCAUAGCUGGUGCUGAUGAUGGUGCGUCCAAGCUGGUAGAGCGGAUCUCGGAGCAAACCCCACGGGAGAUCCUCCAGGAGAGGAAGAAAAAAAAGAAGAAGAGAGAAAAAAGCAGUGACCGAACGGAGUUGACCGUCCAGGGUGAAACCGAGGAUGGUACAGAAGUCUCCCAGCAGGAAGAAGAGAUCCCACGGAGAAAGAAUAGAAAAAAGGUAGAACACUGCAGUGAUCAAGCUGAGUCCGGUGUUCAGGCUGAAAUCGAGGAUGGUACAGAAUCCUCCCAACAAGAAGAAAAUAUCCUUGUGCAGACCCCACAGGAGGUCCUGCAGGCAACAAAAAAGAAGAAAAAGAGGAAAGAUGCAAACAGUGACCAAACAGAGUCAAACAUCCAGGGCAGAGUUGAGGAUGGUAUCGAAUCCUCCCAACAAGAAGAACAUGUGCUAGUGCAGACCCCACAGGAGAUCCUGCAGGCAACAAAAAAGAAGAAAAAGAGGAAAGAUGCAAACAGUGACCAAACAGAGUCAAACAUCCAUGGCAGAGUUGAGGAUGGUACUGAAUCCUCCCAACAAGAAGAACAUGUGCUAGUGCAGACCCCACAGGAGGUCCUGCAGGCAACAAAAAAGAAGAAAAAGAGGAAAGAUGCAAACAGUGACCAAACAGAGUCAAACAUCCAGGAUGAGGUUGAGGAUGGCACGGGAACCUCGCAGCACGAAGAGGAGACUCCAAAUGAGGUCCUACAGUUAACGAAAAAUAAGAGAAAAAAGAGGAAAGAAGCCAACACUGACGAAAUGGAGUCAAACAUCCAGGAUGAGGUUGAGGAUGGCACGGGAAUCUCGCAGCACAAAGAGGAGACUCCAAAUGAGGUCCUACAGUUAACGAAAAAUAAGAGAAAAAAGAGGAAAGAAGCCAACACUGACGAAAUGGAGUCAAACAACCAGGGCAGAAUUGAGGAUGGUACAGAAUCCGAGCAGCAUGAAGAAAUAAUCCAAAACAACGUCCUACAUGAAACUAAAAAGAAGAGAAAAAAGAGGGAAGAAGCCAACACUGACAAAAUGGAGUCAAACAUCCAGGAUGAGGUUGAGGAUGGCAGGGGAACCUCGCAGCACGAAGAGGAGACUCCAAAUGAGGUCCUACAGUUAACGAAAAAGAAGAGAAAAAAGAGGAAAGAAGCCAACACUGACGAAAUGGAGUCAAACAACCAGGGCAGAAUUGAGGAUGGUACAGAAUCCGAGCAGCAUGAAGAAAUAAUCCAAAACAAUGUCCUACAUGAAACUAAAAAGAAGAGAAAAAAGAGGGAAGAAGCCAACACUGACAAAAUGGAGUCAAACAACCAGGAUGAGGUUGAGGAUGGCAGGGGAACCUCGCAGCACGAAGAGGAGACUCCAAAUGAGGUCCUACAAGAAACCAAAAAGAAGAAAAAAAAGAGGAAAGAAACCACCAGUGACCACCAAACCGCGUCAAACAUCCAGGGUGAAAUUGAGGAUUAUUCAGAAACCUCCAAGCCGAGAGAGGAGAUCACAGAGCAGAUCCCGCAGGGGAUCCUGCAGGAGAAGAAGAAAAGGAGAAAAAGCAAUUGUCGUCAAAUUGAGUUGAGCGUCCAGAGUGAAAUUGAGAAUGACGGAGAGAUCCCAUUGGUGGAGAAUAGGAAGAAGAGGAAGAUUAACAACAAAAGUGACCAAACUGAAUCAAGUGUCCAGAUUGAAACCAUGGCUGGUGUCAAGGAAUGUGCAAAAGCCUCCAGGCAAAGGGGGACCUCAAAGCAGAUCCCACCAGAGAGGACGAGGACCAGGAAAAAGAAGGGGGAAGGAAGCAGUGGCAAAAAACGGCAGGAAAUCUUAGCUGAAGUAAAAAAUAGCGAAAACCAGGCGGUGGUUUUUAGGGAGGAGCCGACUGAACACUCCCUGGAGAUUGAAAAGUGGGGGGAUCACUGGGAGGAGGAGAAGAUGAAGUACAUGGAUGAACUGAAAGAAUUCAUCCCUGGUGUGGAGAAGAAAUCCACACAUUCAGUGUACCACCUCGUCAAGUAUGACUUGCUACGAUUCAGGGAGUUUAAGAAAGCAGGCGUUGGCCUGAAACGUGGAAGAUACACAGUGGAUGAAUUGGCAAGGCUGAAGAAGAACGUCGAGGACUUCCUGGCCUUGACGGGGAUUGACAGCUGCUCGAAGCUUUUCUUUCCCUCGCGCUUCCCAGACGAAAAGGCUGAGAUAACGAAGCUGAAGAGCCAGUAUAAGUUCCAUUUACGAUUGUCUGAUGGGAUCUGUAGGCCCUGGCAUGACAUAUACAACAAAGGCAGGAAGCUGUUUGACACCUGCAAGAUAGGAAGGUUCACAGACGACGAAAUUAAUUCACUGCUGAAGCUGCAGCAGCUGCAUGGCAACAAAUGGACGAAGAUCUCGGAGCUAACGAACCGCAGCAGCGCCGCCUUGGAGAAGCGCUAUGCGCAGCUGUGCAAAAACAAAGGCCCUUGGUCUGAAUACGAGCUGCAGUCGCUGGAGAAAGCCGUCAGGGACCACGUAGUCACACUGGCCGAAGCCAGGGACGACGGCCCCAUGGUUAGGAGGGACCAGCUCUACAGCAACCUUCCCUGGACCGAAGUGGCCCAGAAAGUGGGCACCCGCAGCUGGGUGCAGUGCAGGUCUAAGUGGAUGUAUGUUCUGAAUAAAAGGAUGAGCGCUGGAAUAGAAGAUCAGCAUGGCUACGAUACGUUGCUGAACAGAAUCAGGCUCAUCAGACGGUUGUACGCACUGGGAAUUGACGAUGUGGCGGACAUCAACUGGGAGGACCUGACGAAAAUGUUUGGGGAUGUGACGCCCCACUUCGUGCAGACCCGGUUCCACAGACUGAAGGCCAAGUUGGUGCCCCAGUGGCACACUCUGUCCUUUGGCGAAAUCGUUGACUUCCUUUAUGAAAAGGCCUUGCCACAGCUGGAGAAGCUGCAGGAGCCUGAGAGUGGGACUGGCGGUCGCAGCACGCAACAGGAGAGCUUCCUCCUCUCUGAGAUCUUCGGUGAAGUGUAGCGAUCAAGGGGGCAGAGGAGGGGCAAGGCGUCUCCGUUUUUUUUGGCUGUUCACUUGACACAGACGUGGGUUCCACAGGGGUGUUGGCUCGUGGGAGACGCUGGGGUUUUUGUCGGUUGCGGUUGGGCUUGAAAAAGCUGUGUGUUCCUUUGCAGGUUUUGAAUCGGAAGGAGAGUCUGAGAGGCUUCAUGGACGAUUUCACAUGUAGAGACAAGUGCUUUAGUCAUUGUAAAUAUAUAUUAUAUAUAUAUAUUAUAUAUUAUAUAUUAUAUAUUAUAUUAUUGGCAUUUGGCAGACUCUCUUAUCCAGAGCGACGUACAGUUGAUUAGACUAAGCAGGAGCAAUGCAGGGUUAAUGGCCUUGCUCAAGGGCCCAACGGCUGUGCAGAUCUUAUUGUGGCUACACUGGAAUUUGAACCACCUUUAACCACCUUGCCUGUCCCAGUCGUUUACCUUAACCACCACGCUACAGGCCGCCCCUGUUUUUUUUUGUUUUUUUACGGCUUCAUGCAAAUCAUUUCCAUGUUUACAAUUUUUGCCAUCAACAUGCAAUGUUUAAAAUAAGUUUUUACUGCAACAUUUUUUAUUUUAGUUCCUUGCUGACAAUUCCUUAGUCUUGUAUUUCAUGUUUGAUGUGCUGGUCUUGAUGUUUUAGAAGUGUUUAAUUUUAAGUGAACUGUUAAGUAAAAUGGAAAAUUGUACAUUUUUAUUUGGAUAAAAAAAUAUAUGUUUUUCAAUUUUGUAUUCAUUGUGCAAUAAGAGGGUUUUUUACUACUUCCAAACCAGUAAGACUCAGGUGCAGUAGGUUAUAAUACGGAGUAUGCCUAUAAUGUAAUUACCAGAGACCUUUUGGGGGAUAGAGUAUGUUGUAUGUAUGAAUGUAUACAUAGGUUGUGGGGUUUCUUCCCCCUCUUGAAGGCAUGAUAUAAUGUACCAAUUUUGUUAUUUUGGCAGCAAAGUAAAAUUUCUUACAGUCACA